AUGGAAGGUACCGUGUUCGCACCCUCUUUGGAGGGCAUGAAGCAUGUUAAAUCAGAAAAUGGUGAGAUGCUUACCAAGCCUUUCUUGGACGUGUGCAAGCUCAUCCUUCCUGUUUUAGGUAACAUUUGUUCUCACUUUUCUUACAUAUAAUCACUCACUUGUUUCCUUUACCCAUGUGUAGGCAGAUGUACACUAGUUUGUGUCUUUCUGACAUUUCGGAGAGACAAUACCCUGAUUCAGCUAAAUACUGAAUAUUUUCGAGUUUUUAAUACGCACUUUCAUUCUCGUCCGUCGCAUGAACCCUUAUGAUGAGCUAUCACAUUGAAAAUUACUCAUCCUAGGAGUGUUCCACUGUCAAAGUAUGUUAAUCAGAAAUAGUCAGUGUCAUCUCCAUCCUCUAGAUCAGGUCUAUAGUCACGUCAUACGUUUUUUUUGUUUUAACAAGCAUUUUGCAGUACAUCAGGUGAGUCACAGUGAGGAAUGGUUUUGGGACAAAUGUCAACAGGAAAGUGAAAAAAAAAAAUUUAAUAGAAAAAUGUUUCUUUAAUUGUCAAAGUUUUAAGAUAAAAUUUAUUAAUCCAAUCGUUCCAAACAAUCAUCCAGUUCAAAAAUAUGGGUGAUGAGGUGGGUACUAAUAUGGCGGCUCAAAAAGAAAGAGAAGAAUUUCAUCAAACGUGCUUUACUACAUAAUGCCUGGUAGGUUAUGACUUAUGGUGCUGUUUGAUGAUGCUAUGGGCAAAAAUGCAUUCACGUAUGUUAUGGUAUUUAGGAGUAUUGGGGGGUAAGAAAUAUCCAAGUGUGCCCCAUGCUGCUGUCCCACAGUGUAGUGUCUCUCGUGUGUAAAAAUAGUUCUGAAAUGUGGGGAUGAAUUACCUUAAGUGAAUCUUAAAUGCUUUUUCAUGGUAGGGUCUCUCUUGGACUUGUCUCCAUAAAUGGCUAUCAUUGUGCCGGGCACUUGUACUCAUGCAAUAAAUGUAUUUAAUAUCAAUAGGUUGUGUGUCUUGCUCAAGAUAAUAGGAAGGCCCAUGUUUACGUUACACAUCAUUUCACUGCAUUUUUCGGGGAGGGAGGGCAUUAUGUUAUGAGGGGCAAUCCUGAUAAACAUGGUUCAAUAACGUAAGGCCUUUGUGCAUGCCUUGUUUUAAUAUAAAAUCGGUCCUAGUUUUAUUUUUCCCUAGGGAUGAAUCGUCAAACUUUGUAGCUAAGAGAUAAAAAAUAGAGAAGCAGAUCCAAUUUAAGGACAGAGCACCUCUUUUGCCCAUCCAGUCGUCACAUCUUACGAGAAGCAUCCCGUGCUUUUUUCCAGACUUUUGAAGAAUACAAUUUCGCCCACUGAACAAAGGUUGACCAGUAUAAACCUGUAAAACCAUAAAAUUUUUAAAAUGAUAUACAAUUUCUUAAGCCUGGACAUUCUGGAUGCCAGCGAUAUCCUCAGGGAAGUAAGUUGGGAGUUGAUGAAAGGACGGUACCAGGUGGGACAGCAUUAACGAGCUCAAAGGUUGCCCAUUUGGAUCUUGAUAUUUUUCGUUUUUGUGGGCUGCUUUGAGGUCGAGCGAUGGAGAAUAUUUUUUUCUUGUGGCCUGGAGGAACCAACCUGAAGGGCAGAUAUUGAAUUUAGAUAUUAUGUUAGAGGCAAAGUGGCUUGUAGUGAAUGGGCUAUAAAGAGUUCUGUAUCAUUAUCCACAAGGCUCUUGGAGAUUUGGACAUUUUAGAGAAAUAUUAGUGGUAUAUGAACUUCUUGGUGAGAGGAAAACGUAUGAUUUUUGUGCAACAGCGUUCCUGUUCUUGCAGAGAAACCAGCUUCUUAAUCUAUCGCCACUUUAUUCUAUAUUCUCAUGCUGUCUAUGAAGGGAAUCAGAUUCAUAAUGGAAUAUGGAUGAACAUUUAUCUUCCCAUUUUCCUCAGUCUACGUUUGGUGUCAUUUUUACUUUAUUUUCUCUUUAAAAAUAUUCUUGAAGCAUAUCGAAGGUCUCUUUAAAAAAUCAUUCUUCUUUGUCUUCGUAUACAUAAACAAGCCAAUUUAUCUUCCUAAUAAUGUUAUUAUUCCUUUAAGGAUCCUGGUCAGCCAGAAAGACCCUCGGGAUAGCAAAGUUAAAACUGAGACAGGUGACAAGUAUACCGACAAACAGAACGGCCAUAGUAUUAUUGACUUCUACAAGGAUGUGUUCUCCAUAUUCCAAAAACCAGGAAGGCUAAUGUCCUGCACCGAGGUUAAUUUGAAAAGUAGCCUACCCCAAACUUAGAGAGAGAGAGAGAGAGAGAGAGAGAGAGAGAGAGAGAGAGAUCUUCCUAAGUGAGCUCCUCCACGUAAAACACUCACUACUGGGCCCAUUACAUUGUCAUAAAAAUUUAAGAUUUUUCUCCUUAUAGCCACACAAUCAGUAUUACAGCUGUUAAUCUCUGAUUUUUAAUACCCAGCGAUAUUCAGUAUGAAGAACAUUUUCAAUUCACUCUUGGACAUUUUAUCUGAUAUAUGUAUUGGCUUAAUGUGAAAUAGUAACGUUGAAAUAAUCAUCCUUCGGCUAUAUGAUGAGAAUCACAGUAGAAGAAAAAGAAUUGACUUUCAUUUUCUGACACUUUAUCACAUGUUUUUGCUGACAGACAAGUUUGGGACUGCCAUGGCUCUCGUGAAAUCCGACAUCGGUGGAAACAUCACGGUAGAUUAUCUCCAGAAUUUAUAUUUUUCCCUUUGAAAAAAAUUAUUUAAUGAGAGAGAAAAAAAAAAAAACAGACCCUCUGCUUAGCUUCCCAUAGAUCAGGCCAUUGAGAGGAUUAUUCCGCCAGAUUCAUAGCAUUCUGCCCCAGAAAAUAACAGACUUAGUGUGAUUUGGGUCUCUUCGUAGAGAUUGGAGACGAAGUACGUCUCAAAUCCAGGCAAGUACGAGCUUCUGUACAGCAUGGUCCAGGAAGAGAUUCAGGCUAAAACCGCCAAGGGCUCAUCAAGCUGCACUAAUGGCCUCCUCUGGUUGACCAGGUGCGUUUCUAUUUAUUUAUUUACUUAGUUACUUACGUAUUAAUUAUUUUUUUAGAAAUUUCUGGUUGGUUUAGGGCGAUGGACUUCUUGGUGGAGUUAUUCCGCGACCUGCUUCAGCACCCGGACUGGACCAUGGCCCAGGCCUGCACGGACUCCUACGGCAAGACUCUGAAGAAGUUCCACGGCUGGAUCGCCAGCUCCGCCUUCACGGUCGGCUAUCUAUCCCUACUGCUGAUUUUUGCUUUCAGUGGGCCUGGCCUGGGCCUAGGCCUAGAGAAAGGCCCAGCCCAGAUAGCCGUUGACCCUGAGAGCGAGAGAGAGAGAGUGUGUGUCAUGUGAGACCAGGGUCAACUUUUGGGUCAACUUUUCUUCUCAUGGGUGGUGACUUUCAAGUUCGGGCCCUAAGGAAAGGGGUCAAACUGGGUCGAGCUUGUCCAGAGCCCAUUAAGACAGACUGCUUGUGGGCUUCCUUCGGCGUUGACUUUCAAUCUAAGGCCCUAAGAAAAGGGUCAAGGAUAUUAACAGCGUAUUGACAAUGGGUGAUCUUUGAAAUGCAGGUGGCGAUGAAGCUGGCGCCGGACAGGAAGAAAUUCAUGGACGUGAUCGCCGGAAAUGGGGACAUCAAAGAGGACAUGGAGGCCUUCUGCGGUACCUUCCACCCCCUCCUCGAAGAGAACCACAGGUUCUUGGUAAGCCCCUCUCUCCACCCCUGACCGUUGACAUUCAGACUCCGCCUGUUCUCUUCUUCACUCUCUCUCUCUCUCUCUCUCUCUCUCUCUCUCUCUCUCUCUCUCUCUCUCUCUAAUCAUGCAGGCCAGCGUUGACCUUGAUGACCUGAGAGCGUCCUGA